CGGCGGCCACACCAAACCUCUGCAACAAACAAGCUCCUUUAUAUAGAAAAAGGACACUUCCUUUCGGUCAAAAAGGAAGAAGAAGAAAAGACGAAAAGUCACUUCCCAGAAAAAGCCAUAAACUUUGAAAUCCCAAGCUCUGCAUUUGGUUCUGCAGAAAUCAGGGCUUUGACCCUUUUUUCUAUUGGAGCAGAACAAACUCAAUUACAGAACAAAUUCCAUUACAGACUUCUUCUUCAUCUUUUAUUGCAUUUCUAUUGGAGCAGAACAAAUUCCAUUACAGACUUCUUCAUCUUUUAUUGCAUUUCUAUUGGAGUAGAACAAAUUCCAUUACAGAAUCAGACUUCUUCUUCAUCUUUUAUUGCAUUUCUGGAGUAUGAUGAAAUUAGUGGGAAUGCAAAAAUGGGUACCUGCAAUAAUGGUGGUUCUGAUGUUUAUUUUGAGAAGAAUACAUUGUUCCUUGGUGAAUAUCACCAUUGUCAGAAAUGGUCAUGUGGCCAGAGGAGCGGUCUGUUUGGAUGGGAGUCCACCGGCAUACCAUCUCGAUCCAGGAUUCGACUCCGGAAUCAACAAUUGGUUGAUCCAAAUUGAGGGAGGAGGAUGGUGCAAUAAUGAGACCACUUGCCUUUCAAGGAAGAAUACUCAAUUGGGAUCCUCCCUGCGUAUGGAAAAAUGCCUUCCUUUCUCAGGCCUCCUAGGCAACAACCCUCAGCUCAAUCCAGAUUUCUACAAUUGGAACAGAGUCAAAAUUAGAUAUUGUGAUGGAUCUUCCUUUACCGGUGAUGUUGCUGCAGUCAAUCCUAAAACUAAUCUUCACUUCAGAGGAGCAAGGGUUUUUCUUGCUGUCAUGGAGGAUUUAUUAAAUAAAGGAAUGAAGAAUGCCGAAAAUGCUAUAUUGUCUGGCUGCUCAGCUGGAGGGUUGGCCUCAAUUCUUCACUGUGACAGCUUCAAUGCCCUCCUCCCAGCAGGUGCUAAAAUUAAGUGCUUAUCAGACGGGGGAUAUUUUAUUAACGCAAUGGAUAUUUCUCAUACACCACAUAUUGAGCAGUUCUUCAAUGACAUUGUUCGAACACAUGGAUCAGUCAAGAAUUUGCCUCCAUCGUGUACCUUAAGAAUGAAUCAGCCAAAUCUGUGUUUUUUCCCUCAAAAUGUGGUGCAACAUCUUCGGACACCUCUGUUCAUAUUAAAUGCAGCCUAUGAUUCCUGGCAGAUAAGAAACAUUUUGGUUCCUGGGGUUGCUGAUCCUCAUGGAACAUGGGGCAAAUGCAGACUAGACAUAACAAACUGUACAUCGAGUCAGCUUCAAAUAAUGCAAGGUUAUAGAUGGCAGUUCUUGAGGGCAUUAUCAUAUGGGCUAGGCCCUUCUUCAUCAAGAGGAUACUUUAUUAACUCAUGCUUCGCUCACUGCCAAACGGAAGUGCAAGAAACGUGGUUCAGAAAUGACUCUCCGAGAUUGGAGAACAAGACAAUAGCAAAAGCAGUUGGCGACUGGUUUUUUGACAGAGAUGCAUUUCAGAAGAUCGAUUGCCCUUAUCCUUGCGACACCACAUGUCACAACCGUAUUUUUUAUACUCCAUCCAACCAAUUGAUAUAGCAGCAGCAGAAGAAGCAUAUAGUUCAUUUAAAUUUUCUGGAAGAAACAUUCUUGACAAGAUUUUUUAAUUCUCAAAGAAAGAAACAAAAAAAAUCAUUAUUUAUUUAUUCAGUGUAUUUAUUCAGAAUAAAGGAAGAUUGCCGAUUGCCAUUGCACAGAACUCAGUGCAUGCUUUCUUCUUAUUUAGCCAUAUACAGAACAAAAAUAGAGCAUAUCAUACAUGUGUAUAUGUACUGUUUGUACUUAAUGAUAUUCGAGAAGAGGAUUGUUUCAUUUCGAUCAAUAAAGUUAAUUCUUGUACGCUGUAAGCAAUAACUAAAAUAGUGUUUGGUAAGUUAUAAAUUGUAAUCGAUUGCACAUUGGAUUUCAUUACACCUUGCCAAAUGGUAGAUAAGCAAGUGGUAGAUAAGAUUAUAAGAACUCUCCACAAUGCCCAUAAAGACUAUGAAAAAAGUAAAUGCUUCAAGUCCCAGUCAACCGUUCAUUCAGUGCUAUGAAAAGAAAAUAAGCUGAAUGCUACACAGGUCUGCUGUUGCAGUUAAGUAAAACAAUUGUUUUCCAAGAAAAACGUGAAUGCAUCUCCCUUGACCAAGUCAAACUCAAUUACUACAACGUUUGGACUUCGCAAAAUCUGCCUUUGCUUAUUCAAAUUCAUGCAUCCACAUCUGUCUCCACAGAAAUUACCCAACGAAAUAAAUAAAAAUAGGAAGGUUUCACCAACCUACUUAUUCUGCAUGGCAUUUCUGAGAAUCACAGUAUGCAGGAAAGUUGCAUUCGCAAGGUCCUUCCCUGACCU